CUCAGCUCAGACUCUGCUUUCGCUCGGCACCUCUGGACCGUCCUAAAGUUUGGAAAUAGAAAAUUGGUGGAUCUUUAUUUCGGGACUUGAUCUCCACGCUGUGGAUAUUUCUGCUCCUGGACCCUGUGGAUUAUUUCAAUAACUUCAGCAUGACUCUGGAGGAUCUUGUUGGAUCUAACAGCACCGAUAAAAAGAUGGAGACGGUGACUCAGGCUCUGGAGGAGUUGCUGGUCGCGGCUCAGCGGCAGGACUGCGUCACGGUGGGAGUCUACGAGUCCGCCAAACUCAUGAAUGUAGACCCGGACAGCGUGGUCCUGUGCGUCCUCGCCACAGACAAGGAGGACGAAGACGACAUCGCGCUGCAGAUCCACUUCACGCUGCUGCAGGCUUUCUGCUGCGACAACGACAUCAACAUUGUGCGCGUGUCCGGCGUGAGGCGCCUGUCUCAGCUGCUGGACGAGGACGGCGAGGACGGCAACGAGCCGCGGGACCUGCACUGCAUCCUGGUCACCAACCCUCCAGUGCAGCCACUUCAGUGCCAAGCUCUGCAGGACGUCGGUAACUUCUGUGUGGAGAGUCGCUGCACGAACCAGUGGGUUCCGUGUCUGAACCUGCAGGACCGAUGAGCGGCUCUAUGCACAACCGAACCGAGCAAGACCGCCAGGGAGCGGUGAGAAGGAGUGGUCCAAACGGCCAUCCUCGUGCUGAAGAGGAACUAAGGCGUUUGAGUGAACACAGGGUUCGGACCGAACUAGCGUCGUGUUUCGUGCUGAGUAAAUGAAUGACUUGUCCCGGGGCGCUGGCACCGGGCUGGUUGUAGAAGUAGGACCGACCGGGUCCUGGAGCUGCAGAUAGGCGGGGUUCAGCCGACAGUCACGUGACUGAACCUGGGCCGCAGGUGUUCUGCCCACCUGUCCCGUCUCAGUGGACUGAGGGGAAGGUGACGUCAUAUACCGUGUGUUGCCGUCAUAUGCCGUGGAGCAGCGCACUGACGUCAUACCUGACUGUUUUAGUAAAUCCACAUGUUGAACUUGUGUCAUGAAUAAAUGAUUGAAGGAGGAAA